CUCCUGUUCUUUCGUCUCCUCCACUGUCGUCCUUUACCCGCUAUUCAUGAGGCCUUGACCUCGUCCUUUUAUCCUCUCUCUUCCCCUUCUCCUCUGUCGUUGGACGAAAAGAUAUCACGAAAUCCUUCUCGAGUAUCUCGACUGUCCACGACUCCUCUCCUAUCCCUCUCACCUAUUCCUGCUGAGCACUGCCCGAGGUCACCUACUCAAAGCUUGCCCUUCUCGCCGACCUGCACUCGUUUGACUGGACGUUCUGGAUAGCGUUCCUGCAAAGGUCACCGGAAGCACUCGAAAUACCCCAGCUAGGCUCGAAAAGGUGAGAACAGUCUCUUGCAUUUGAUGAUUCUGGAGGGAAAGAAAGGUGCACAUGCGAAGUAAAGAGCCUGGGUCACCCACGACCUUCCCCUGGGUGUGGCCCAAAUCGAGUGACUGCAUACAACUUACCUUACCUGGUUCUCUCAUCGUUGCAACAUACCUAUCGACCAAUCCGAGUAAUCGAGACCGUUGAUCUCUGCCUCCCUCGGUACCACGACCCCUAUCGACUCGACCCCCUCUCGAUGUGCCUGAUCCAUACCAGACUGGGAUGGAAAGUAGUCAAGUGACAACCAUGCCAGGAGGUGGAUUGUAUACUGCUGGGAAAGAAAGACGUCAGUGACGAAAGGCCGAGCUUAGAUUCUGAAGUAUCUGGCAAGGGAGCAAGCGGUUAUUGAGGGCGACUGGUGCUGCCUGCAUUCAUGACUACGUCUUGCUUAAGGAAAAGGAUGUGCAGUGUGUGAUUCUUGCGAGGGAGUGAUGGCCCUAUUACGCUCGAGCCCCCAAAUAUCGACGACCAAUUUAUUCUGGAGACGAUGCUCGCCUGGACCACAUAUCGUUUAUUCGACAUGAUCCUAAUGGAAUUCCUGUCGGCUUAUCAUAUGCGUUUAAUUGCACCAUGGACCAACAUUUACUGAUCUAUGUGAACGCAGAUAUCCUCUUUUGGACCAAGCUCUCGUCUCGAGUACAAGUCGGGUCAAACAAUUCCUCUACAAUCCUCAAGUCUCUGAGGUCAAGUGCGCAGAAAUCUGGCAUCCUUUUGUGGAUGACCUAGCCCACAUUCCUGACCACAGCCAAAACUCAUCCAAACGGAGGCGUUCAUUCGACCUACGUUGCCCUCGACGCACGAGCAUUCAAUCUUCCCGCCAUUCCGAUCCUUGACUAGAUGAUCCCUAGUAACAAGGAUUCUUGAAUCGUCGUGCUAUUUUUCUCCCUUUCCAGAUACUCCUCGGUCUAGAAGAGCAUCUCACCUGGUUCCUGGCCACCUCCAGUCUCGUGCAACAUCUGAUUGCUUCCCGUCAUUCACUCCUUGAGGAUUAUUUUACAUACGACUGUCAUUCACUUUUCUCCGUCGUCCUAAGUUCAACCUGCUGGCAAGACCUCGUCCCAUAUCCCCUCACAUACCCACCUUCAAACACCAUCUAGCACUUCAUCCAACAUGGCUUACAACAGAAUUUCCUCCUUCGGCUCCAACGAUAGCGGCUACGAGAGUGGCAUCGUCGAGAUCUUCGACGAACCUACCCAACCUAUGAGCAAGAAUAUGGACCAUGCAAAGGACGUUGCAAGACGUCGACAACAGCUUCUCGCUUCAGAGUUGUCGAGAAGAGAUUCAGAUGAAUACCAAAAUGAUAUGCUUGAGCAUAUGCUGAAGAUGGACGCCGACACCAUGGCGGACGUGGAUGCGAUUGACAUCCAGACAGAGAUUCAAUGGUUUAUGAGACCAUACCUGCUUGACUUCCUGGUCGAAGCCCAUUCCGCUUUCCAACUCCUACCCGAAACCCUGUUUCUCACAAUCAACCUUCUUGACCGCUACUGCUCCAAAAGAGUUGUUUACAAACGUCACUAUCAACUGGUUGGAUGUGCUGCUUUGCUCAUUGCUGCAAAGUAUGGAGAUAAGAAAGAGAAGGUGCCCACAAUCAAGGAGCUGAAGUCAAUGUGCUGCUCACUCUAUGACGAUGAUAUGUUCUUGCAGAUGGAAUGGCAUGUUCUGUCGACGCUUGGCUGGGCCAUCGGUCAUCCCACCGUUGACUCUUUCAUGCGUUUGGCAGUCAAGGAUAAUGUCUAUGACCCUGAGGUGGAAAGCUUGUGCCUUUACAUUUUGGAGAUCGCUCUCUACCACAGAGAGUUCGUGUCGAAACGAUCUUCUAGCCUCUCGCUGUCCGCAUUGGCUCUUGCACGACAUAUCCUCGGCCGCCCUCAAGCCCGUGGUAAUGAAUUCGGAUCCCACUUCUGCAGCACCACUGUCAUGGAGUUGCUGAACAUGGUUCAUGAGCCCUCAUCUAUUCUUACUCGGAAGUACGCCUCUGUCCGCUACAAUAGCGUCUCGCGGGUUCUGUCAAACUUCCUCACACAGAAGGCUGCUGCGAUGUCUGCUUCAACCAGAGCACCACUGACGCCAACCUACGAGCUCACUCCACCUUCAGUCAAUGUCAAACCUGCAGGUACCGAGUACUUCCAGACCUACGCCACGCCGCAAAAGCCUCAAUUUCCUUCGGUCGUUCAACAUGGUCUUUACACCCCUCCCAUCACUCCUGAAGGCGAGAUGUUCGGUGUGACACAAAAGACCUUUGGCGCCCCAAAUCAAUACGCUCCUCCUACCCCGACCCCUAACGCCAUUGUUGGCCAGCAAUACUCCUCUCAAUACUCCUCGACCACCAACCAUUGGAGCGCAGAAUCCUACUAAGAAAAUCAUGGCAACCCCAUAAACAAAAUAGAAUGUUGAUCAUCACGACUUCAAUUCUCCCACCAACCUAAGUAUCGCUCUGCAACACAGAGUGUUCUGUUACAACAAAUCGUCUUUGUGAGAAUGUAUUUUUUAUCUGCAUUGCAAGCGUCCCAGUUCGACAUCAAAGCUAGUACUUCUUCAAGAGUCAUGGAAGGCAAAGGGAAAAAAGGAUAUCUGCGGCAACGUUCUUGAUCUUAAUCAAAAUCGAAGCGAGGCAAGAGGUGUGUUGUCCACGGGUUGAAACAAAAAAAGAAACACAUCAGCAGCCAAACGUUCCAGUCUUUCAAGCAUUGUUUCCGCCCUCGAAGCGCAAGCAACGCGAGAGACUGCUUAGGCUCUCGAGUCAGCAACAGAAAAGGAAGAUAAUUUUCUCGGGGUUUUUGAGUCGCGGUCAGCGGAAACGACUCUUUUUCCGAAGCGACGACAAGAGGUUGUUUAAAUUGAAAGAACAUUCGUUCGUUUUAGGAGGCAGCGAAAAAUUGUGAACAAUAGCUAGCCAUGGCUGAAAGGGAAAAUGGAGUUUUUUUCGAUCACAGGGAAAGAGAAGAUUAGAUACCUUUGCUGGAUCUGUUUUGUCUGGCAGCGAGGAAAUGGGCCAAAGUAAUUUCUGUUGCUUAGAGUGCUACAUCUUGCCUGACCUACCUUUUUCAAAGGAGCAGGCGUCUGGUACUCGAUGAGGAUCAACCCCUCGAUAACUGUGUCAAUAACAAAUCUGAGCCUUGUCAUGAUU